CUAAUUUCAAUAUAAGCGCCCUGCUGUGAGGAUCAUCGUCCCUCUUCCAUCUCCUUGGGGCAUCUCCUUGGCUCGAACCCCCAACAAACCCGUGCAACAUACUAAUUUACCGUCGCAUCUUCAUUCACCUACCAAGCGCAGGGACGCUCGUUCACAGAUUUAAAACACUCUAAUCCCGCUAUAAGUAGCGCAGUGGAAAUUUGGAAUGUUCAGCAGUCUUCUUACUCCUCUCAAAACGGCAUUCGAGGAAGUGCGAUCUCCACGUGUUUCUACUGUUAUUCAGGGCACAGUAGAAGAGAGUCCCGAGGACUUCGCACAUGAUGUGCGCGUCGAAAUCAUUCGGCGUACUGUUGAAGAUUUAAAAGUAGCGCCCAACAUCGCGGCUCAGAUCGAGGAGCUCCACCAAAUCGACACUGUUUUGCGUGAAGAUGCUUCGAUGAAGCAAGUGUUCAGCGAAUUAGAUGGCUUUCUCGUACUCGUCAGUGUCUUAUCCACGUUGCGUGAAAUGGACCGUUCUUCUGCCGAGUCACUGAGUACAUGGAGAGAAUAUAUGCGUGUGUGCUUCUCUGUCCUGUGCGUUGCACUUUCAUCAUCUCCGCGCAACCAAACGAUUUUCGAGAAAACAGUGGGGUGGGAGACUUUAAAACAGGCCCUCCACCCGGCAUCUCCUUCAAAUGUUGGUCUUGCUUCCCUUUGGGGACUCCUCUUGAGCCUGGCCUUCAACGAUAUGAAGUUGGAGUCCUUCUUUGUGGAUGCUCCUGAUAUAAGCAAUGACCAAACGGCGCCACUGGACUCGCAUAUUCGUCAUUCUCACGAGCGACUGACGAGCUUGAAAAACCCGAAUGCCGUCAUUGCAUUGUUUGAACUACACGUGGAGAUCAUGUCCCCGAGGCAGGCUUCAUAUCUAGUUUUUAGGACGAUCGAACGAAUCGUUUCGAUAUCACAUCGAAAUCAGGCAAUGCUGAACGCACUCGGCCUCGGAGGAUCUGUAUUUGACUACGUUUCGAAGAAGGUACAGCUUUUGCCUACAGAAAGUACUAAACUCGUAGUGCAGAAACUACUAAGGAGACUUCUGGAAAUGGGGGUUCCUACUCUUGAUCAGGCACGAGCCUUGUUCCAGAAUGUCCUCAGAAACUCGGCAGUUGACUCUGAUGCCCUCACUCUACUGAGAAGCGCGAGUCGGGCAAAGUGGCCAUCUUUCUUUUCUUUUAACCAUGCUUCUGCCCUAAUACUUCCGGAUACUCGAGGGAAGGCCUUUCCACCUCUGGCAGGCUUCACUUAUAUGACUUGGAUAUAUGUCGACCGCUAUCCGCUUCCAGAUGAGCCCAUGAUCAUCUUUGGGGCGCGUUCCUCCUCACCCUCGCGGUGGAUUGUGAAACUAAGUUUGCUGAGUGAAGGCGAUCUUGAAUGCGCGACCCCCUCCAUGCAGGAGCCUCUACUUACGAAUGCUGAAAUUGUUCGUAAGGGUCGCUGGACACAUGUUACUCUGGUUCACUACCCAUCCCGCUCCUCUUCGCCUAAUAUAUGCCUAUACGUCGACGGUCAUGAAAUCCAGUCCGAAUCCUCGGUUUUUCCUAAACCGUCACCUCCACCCACAACUUAUCACAUUGGUUGCGAUCCGUCCUUAUUAGACUUCUUCCCUCAGAGUAAAUGGUCAAUGGCGACUUCACACUUGAUUGGGUGUCCGCUCUCGUCUGAUCUUGUCCUUCUCGCGCAUCAUCUUGGUCCACGAUACAUUGGGAAUUUCCAAGAUGCAGCUUUGUACCGUUUCCUCACGUACGAAGCUUCAACGUCCCUGAACAUUCACAUGUUUGGCAAUCAAUCUUCUUUCUCCUCGAAAUCAGGAAUAACUGAUGGCGCCAAAGUCAUAUCCAAAGCUCUUGCUGGAGAUGUCGGUUUCAAUGAGGACGACAUCCUGUUGUCCUUGUCACCUUACGGCGUUAAAAACGAUCCUGAUGAAGACGAAAAUUCAGGUGUUCAGGUUGUGACCAAUGCUUCGGGGGUGCAACGAUCGAAUGGCGUUGUCGCCUCGAUGCUGGGCGACGUUUACGUGGCCCAACUAAAAUGUUUGGACGACAGCGUACGUCGGAUGGGUGGUCCAGCUAUCGCAUUGAAGAUCAUCCAAUGUUGCACUACAUCGUCAGACCUGGAGAAUGGGCUCGGUAUCCUCUUUGAUGUGAUCCGCACCAGCUGGCAGAAUUCGGAGGACAUGGAACGGCUUCGUGGAUACGACGUCCUCUCCUCGUUGCUCAGAGCAAAGUCUAGCCUCAUCAAUCAGGCCUGUUUCGAAGUCAUAUUUGAAUCCCUAGGUAUCAAUUUUAGCAAUCCUCGUGGCGCAACGAUUGUGAAUACAGUUGCUUAUCGAGCCCUUGGAUUGGACUUCCAUUUGUGGUCACUGGUUAACCCGGAUCUUCAAACUGUGUACUGGAGCCAUUUCGAGGUUCUCCUUGAACAAUCCAACUUCAAGCGCUUUAACAGCAAGCAUCGAAUAGCGAGGAAAUUCAACUCCCCUGGCGUGCUGCGGCAAGCACUCUUCGUCUACCAGACUGAUCUGUAUCCUCCGGAGCAAAUACAUCGCAUGGUUGACGCUAUCGCGGUUUUGGCAAGAUCGAAUUGGUCAACGGAUACUACCAUAAAACCCCUCAUUUCAUAUUUAGCCGCGAGACUGCACAGCCCAGAGACAGGGCUAUCGUCCCCACUUUCUCUGCGAUCCCACUUGUCACACAUAGAUAGAGUGCACGCCCACGAGAAAGCGGAGCAGCUGUUGGUUGCUCUUGUAUCGAUUCUCUCGACAGAAACUUUCCUGGCGAAACUGAAUGCGUCGUUACCCCUCUCUCGGAUACUGAUACUGCUACUAGGACCAAAUCCGUCUCCUGUGGUUACAUCCCAGGUUUUGCGUAUCACCGCCCUUCAAUUGCGGACCUUUUCCAACUCUUCCCGCAAGCUCGAACUCUUAAACUUUUGGAGCGUCUUAAAGGUAAUUUUACCCGAAUCAUGGGACCCACUGGUCCAUAGUGCAGCGUUCGAUCUGCUACUUGGGAGGACCGAAUCUGCCUCUAACUCGCAAAUCUCAACGGACGCGGUUGUGAAAUAUCCUCAGAUGCUCCCUCCCAUUUUUGCCUCACUCGAGCACGGGCUCACCAAGCUGCUGGAGCGUAGCAUGCUCAGCGGUGGUCUGGAACUACCCAAUGCAACUUCAGCUGCAUCUGAAACAGUUACAGAGGCUAUAAUUGAGGAGUUCGUAAACAUGCAUACAGCCAGUCGCACGUUCCGGGAAGCGUUUAGCUUCAAACUUGUGAUGACGGAACUUGUUUCGCUCCUUCAGACGUUGACGUCCAAAGGGGCUUUCACCCUCCAGGAGCGCAACUCGAUUUCAGGGUUACUGGACAGAUUAAUACAUUUCGCGAACCUAGUUUGUGCCGAUGAUUCACUUGAUUUCUCCCACAAACAAGAGCUGGAGAGCGCCCUCCAAGCCACACAUCUGCCUCCAACCUCUCUCUCCCCUGCCCCUGCAUCAACACGACGGAGGUCCAUUCUUGGUGUUUCGGUCUCCGACCGACGAAGUAUCUCCGAAAGGAAUGCUCAGAAGACGCUCUAUAAAGUGGCUACUUGGCGUGCAGUGGUCAUCUCUACUGAGAAACAGCGUCGGAGAAAGAUGUAUCAGGAUAUGAGAGAAGAACUUCGUGCUUUACAACGACUUACCCAAUGGCUUGUUUUGGUUCAUCACGAAAGGAGCCUUUGGCCACAGAAUACCACGGCCCUUUGGCGUUUGGAUGAAGCUGAGGGUCCCUACCGAGUUCGAAAGAAGCUCGAGCCCGAGAUCGACAAGUUGCUGGAGAAUAAAGCCACGGACAGUCUCACUCGCGAGCUUCUGGAAAUCGAUGACGCAAACUCUGUUGUCGUUGUACAAGCUCCUUGGGAUGAAUCAUACAACUUCGACGUCGCUGAAGAGGAUGACAAAUGGGAAGAUGAGCUCAUUGAUGACAAGCAUCGCAAAAUUAGACAUGAACUCGAACCAGGUGACGUAAUAGAAGUGGUCAAGAAUGUGGCACGUAUUGUGGGUGUUGAUUCAUCCCCUGGGCUCUUUAUUCUCGGUCGGACGCAUCUAUACGUCAGAGACGGAUUAGUGGAAUCGGCCGACGGCGAGGUUGUGGAUGCGCGUGAUGCACCGAAAGACGUCCUUCAGGUUCCCGGGACACUUCUUGCCGAUCUCGACCCUAACAUACGCGCUCGUCGAUGGAGUUUUGAGGCGUUGGCUGGAUUUAGCACCAGGACACAUCUAUUUCGAGAUGUUUCCCUGGAAAUCUACUUUAGAGACUCACGUAGCCUCCUGUGUGUCUUCCCCAACAAACUAGAUCGACAAGCCGUGCUCUCCAAACUUCAAAAAGUCAUGACCAAGACUGCAGCGGAGAGUAGUGCUGCAACGGCGACGUUCCGAUCCCCUUUGCUAAAUCUAGUUUCUGCAACUGGUAGGAUUUAUCAGAACCGACCCGAGAUAGACGUGGCUCAGCGGCGGUGGCAAGCGAGAGAAAUCAGUAACUUUGCCUAUCUCAGUAUAAUUAACCAGGCAUCAGGGAGGACACCCAAUGAUCUCACUCAGUACCCCGUUUUCCCUUGGAUUCUCAAGGACUAUACUUCAAAUACAUUGGAUCUGUCCAAACCUGAAACUUUCAGAGAUCUGAAUUGGCCUAUGGGGGCUUUAACAGAAGUUCGGCGAGCCUCAGCAGAGGCCCGAUAUUCUUCCCUGACAGAUAUUGGAGAGCCGCCCUUUCAUUAUGGCACACACUUCUCGUCAAGCAUGAUUACAUCCCACUUUCUCAUUCGGUUACCACCUUUCAGCAAGCACUUCAAAGUUCUUCAGGGAGGCGAUUUUGAUUUACCAGAAAGGCUCUUCGUGGAUGUUCAACGGGCUUACGAAUCCGCCGCACAAGACAGCCGAGGGGAUGUUAGGGAACUAAUCCCUGAAUUUUUCACUUGUCCGGAGUUCCUUGAAAAUUUCUCUGAUCUGGAGCUCGGGGUCAACGCUGGAGGAGAGCAAAUCCAAGAUGUCAAGCUUCCCCCGUGGGCCAAGCGGGAUGCCCUGCUGUUCAUUGCGCUUCAUCGGCAAGCCCUGGAAAGCGAAUACGUUAGCCGAAAUCUGCCCACUUGGAUUGACCUUAUAUGGGGGUGCAGACAGAAAGAUGUGGCAUCUUGUAAUGUGUAUCACCCAUUAAGCUACGAGGGGGCAAUAGAUUUGGACAGUAUAGAUGAUCCUCUACAGCUUGCCGCCUCUGUCGGUAUAAUUCAUAAUUUUGGGCAAACACCCAGAAAAAUCUUCUCUUCCCCCCAUCCUCCUCGCUACAUGGACGGCGAACUUUCGCUCCCUCUUGGAACGGCCUACGGCAUUGCAGAACAUCCACACCUUUUAUUUCAAUCAAAUCAACCCAUCAAAUCGACACAAAAUGGUGUUUCAUCCUUAUAUGUUGAUCUUCUCAGUGAGAAAGUCAUUCCGUGUGGCCCCGACUCGCUCAUAGUACCAAAUUUUGCACACGAAUCUGUCGAAUGGGGCUUCCAGGACCAAAGCUUGCGAUUAUUUGCGGACAAAAAGCUGGUUCAAAUUGUGGAGUCAGCGUACCUUAGCUGUGCAUGUUUCUGCGACUCCGAGGUCCUCAUCGCAGGAACUUCGGAUAACAUGGUGACAGUGUGGCGGAUACACCGUUCCUCGUCAUCGUCACCGAAGCUCAAGUUGUCCCAUCUGAUGCGUGGGCAUGAAUCAGCUGUACAAUGUGUUGAUGCAUCUCGACCAUGGUCCCUGAUUGUUACCGGCAGCGAUGAUGGUACGGCCAUAUUCUGGGAUCUCAACAGAGCUCAGUAUGUGAGAACGAUAAGGCAUGACAGACCGGUGCAUUCUUGUGCCAUCAACAGCAUCACAGGUGAUGUGGCAACGUGUUCCAUUGACCGCCUUUCGAUACAUACAAUAAACGGGCGUCAUAUCGCUUCCUUGCGACUUGGAGCACACGAGCGAAUCACAUCGCUUGCAUUCCAUGAAAGAGAAACAUCCCUAGUUGGGAUCUUAGCGGCCGGUUCCGCAGAUGGCUCUAUAUCAUUGCGAACAUGGAACCCGAACGAUACUCCGCUGGAAGAGAAGGCAAAGUGGAAGUUCUCUACUGUUCGUAAUCUCAAAAUGCGAAAAGAGCCCGGGUUAGGGAUGUGGCUCCCCACAGUGACAGCACUCAAGUUUGUUGGGGAAAUACUGUACAGUGGAGAUGAAUCUGGACGCAUGUUUAACUGGACACUCCCUGAUUGAAGGUUCAUGC